UAUUUCCCUUUUGUGCAAUUAACUUGUGUUUUGUUGUAUUCUAAGGCUAGAACUCGUUAUAUCGCUACGUUGGUGGUCGUAGGGUGUCCCUGAGAGUUACACCAUGAAACUGUUUAGGGUGCUUUUAUCCCUUUUCCUGGUUCUGGCAGAUUAUACAGACAAUGUCUCUGCCGACAAAGAUUGUUACUUUGAUCAUUCAAACUAUGAGGGUAAUUUGAUAUGUGACGACCAGGAGAUUAAUUUUAAUUCCGAGGACCAAGCCUGUGGAUAUUUAGGUCUUCAGAAUUUUUCUGUGGAUGAUAUCUCUUGCAUGAUCUAUAAGUCUGAGCACAUCAAUUGCUCCUGGAGCACACAAACACUUCCUAAGACUGCACAAUACUCAGCUUCUUUUCGCUUCGAAUGCAAAGACGUGGACCAUCCUUUACACUGCCUCCAAGAUACUGCAAAAGAGAGCAUUGAAUGCCAAAGCAAUUUUUCAAUUCAUUCAGACAUGCUUGUUUUAGUCAACAUUUCCAUGCCUGGUCAUUGGUUUGCCCUUGAAAAAGCAUUCUAUAUAGAAUAUAUUGAAAAGCUGGAUCCCCCAGAAAUAACAACAGCCUUAAACCAGCCAGGAUACCUAGAAAUAAAUUGGUCAAUGCCAAAAAAUAUCAAAAAUCUUAAUGAUUGGUGUUUUACAUAUGAAAUUAAGAUCAAUAAUGAGACUGUACAGUUGACUCACAGGUUGGCAUAUAAUAAAACAAAGAUUGACCCGACAAAGUGCUACAGAAUUCAAAUGAGAACAAAAGUGGGGGAUGACUGUGCUGAAGCCAAGUACUGGAGUGAAUGGAGUGCAGUUGUUGAGGUUGGCCCAUCUGAGAACCCUCACCAGCUGAACAUAGUCAUGAUCGCUUCCAUUGUGUUUGUGCUUCCCAUGGUUCUUUUGGCUUUACUGCUGGUGUGCAAGUUCCAAAGGCUGUCAGAGAAGUUAUUUCCUUCUGUACCAACCCCAUCUGGAAAUGUUAAAAUGCUUCUUGAGAGAGAUGAUUUCAGUCAUGUUAUGCCACCAAAACAUGUUGAGUGGAUGUCUGAAGGGGAAAUAAUUCAAGUGACAAGCUAGAGGUGCAUUUAAACACAAAUGUCUUUAAGGACAGCAUGGUUAUCUAAGGUUUGCCCUCAGUGGACAAGCUGGUUAUACAGAGGUAGCUAAAGAUAACAAUAAUAGCUUUCCAUGUCUCAUUGGCCACAGGCCUACGAAUGUUGCAAUGAAAAUUAAGCAAAACAGCUUACAGGCUUGGGUGUGAGGAGGGCUGGACUAUGUGGUGCAAGAACAUGUAUGUACCAGCAGGGAGGGAUUGUCAGUCUGUCUUAAUUCACUUUCAUGUUUGAAUGCAACAGGCUAUACUGUUCAUCACACUGAAAGAACAAAGAAUGCAGCAUGUAUAAUGUGGUAUAUGAUUAUCAUUUAUAUCAAUAUUAAAAAGGUCAGGUUACACUGAGUUUCAGAAUAUCUGCAGUUUCCCUAAUUACAACACACUUAAAUACUUAUAGUUGAAAACAUCUUAAAUUGCCAUGUUUUCAUUGCUCAUUUAAGCUAUUUAGUAGUUUGCUCCAGCUUCUUGUGAUGGUUAAAACUUGGUUAGCAAUUUAGUGCAAAAUUGUAGAUUAAAUGUCAAAGUAAAUAAUAAAUAGUUUAACUAUGUAUGCAUAUGUAACUUGGAUUGUUUGCUGUACUUAUUUUAGAUAAGUAUCUGUCAUAAUUACCAAUUAAAUAAAAAUGAUUACUAAUUGUACAUUAUAUAUAAAUAUAACACUAUUAUUGAUGCUUUAAAGGCUUUUAUGUGCAUGAGUGAAUUUCAGUUGGCUAUCUUUGUGCAUGUGAGAAAGAAAGCAGACAUCCUUUCCUUUAAGGCAGUAGAGCAUUUCACCUGGGUACUUUCCAUUCUGGUUGGGUGUCCUGGGACUUGCCUAAUUCUAGCUUUGUGUACACCCAGUCCAUGUUGCCCAUGAUCACAACACAAACUGAAAUAUUUUUGUCUUUUAACUCUGAAAUAGACUUUUGAAUGGAUUGAAUCAAGCAAAUCACAAGUUUUAUUUUGUAUUUUUUGACUAUUCUUAUUUUACUUCGAGUACUACUAUUACAGAUCCAACUAUGCACAGCAGAAGGUGUUUAGUAUGACUGCGGAUAAACGUGUGUGUAAUCUGUAUAGCACAUGUUGGAUUUGGCCACUGUCAGGGGCUUUCCAGGGAGCUCUUCUUUGGUGGGUCUACUAUCAUCUCAAAUUGCUCUCCCGGACAUAAAGUAGCUUUUACAUGGCUGUAGUUCCUGUAUGUAUAUUUCAGUUAUUACCAGAGAGAAGCUGGAAAACUUAAUUUGGGCACAGGUAACUU